AUGGCCUCCCGCACCCCAUCACCCUCGGUGAGCUCUGGAAGCAUAUCCUCACGUCACUCAACACCUAUUGAUCUCUCAUUGGCAGAGAAAGCUAAACAAGGUCUGAUUGCUACUGCCUGCGAAGAGGGCGAUCUUGCUGCUCUUGUAGACCUUUCGACAAGCACACAUGGCCUAGUGAGCGAUAACUUGCGGCGCACAGCAUGGCCCAUGUUAUUGGGGUGUGCACAUGCAGCCGCUGAAGGGACACCAUGGAAGGACUUACCUGCACAUCGGGAAGAGGGGCAGGUUGGCCUUGACGUGAACAGAGCCUUUGUAUACUACCCCAAGUAUAGUUCAGAGAAAGAGCUCGACCGCCGGAAACAUGAGCUGUCCAACGUCAUCCUCGAAGUGCUGCGCCGCCAUCCAGCGCUGUCCUACUUUCAAGGCUACCACGACAUUGUUCAGGUCUUCUAUCUGGUCCUAGGUACACACGCUGCACCUCAAGCAACUGCCCGCCUCAGCCUCCUUCGAAUCAGAGACUUCAUGCUCUCUUCUCUCGAACCCGCCAUAGCACAACUCGAGCUGUUGCGCCCGUUGCUUCACCAUGCCGAUCCAGUACUGUACGAACACCUGCCCAAGAGCUCAGCAACAUUCGCGCUGGCCGGAACGAUCACAAUGUUCGCCCACAACAUAGAAGAGUACGAGGACAUCACGAGACUAUUCGACUUUUUCCUAGCGCGUCAUGCUGUCAUGCCGCUAUACUUCUUCGCGGCCGUGGUGCUUUCCAGACGAGAGGAGCUGCUGGAGAUCGACAGGGAGGAUGAGGAUAUACUGCACGUCAUGCUCAGCAAGCUGCCUGAGCCGUUCGACAUUGAGUUUCACAUCGCGCGUUCGAUCGAGCUCUACGAAAGGCUCCCACCAGGUUCUCCAGGCAGCUGGGAGUGGUGGCGUAUAUCAUCUUCCAGCGUGCUCAAGGCUUCAGCUACCUUGGCCGACACACAACGCUUGACGCUGGAGGAUGGCGAGCGGUUGUUCGCUCAGCAAGAGAAUGAGGUCCGCAGACAGCAGUACCAGAAGAAGGUUCUCCAGCAAGCAACUAGGAGCUUUAAGCAUGCACAACUGCGUUUACGGUACUACCGUCGUUAUGGAGCUGUUGGUCUUGCGAUUGUCGUUGGCGCAUAUGCCUUCUGGCUUGGCAAGAGCGGAGGUCUGGAUGCUACGAGAUAUCCCUUCUUUGGUUACUUAGGUAAUAUCGCACAAUGGUUGCUCGGUACGUGA